UCGCGCGCCUGCAGCCGGGAGCCGGCCGAACCCCCGCCCUCCGACCCACACUUUAGAUCAUCAAAUGAAUAUAACUGUGCUUUUCCAAACUACCUUCAUGGGGCCUCACCUCCUACCCCAGCACCCAGAUGAUUUGGGCCUCCAGCUUGUUCAAGGGCAGAGUACAGCAGUGCUUUGCUACACUCCCAGGAAAAUGAGGAACCAGAGGUCUCCUGACAACUUGGAGAGAAAUCACACUUCCCUUCAAAGGAAUUAAAACCAUACCCACAUCAUUCUCCAUCCCAUGUCCAAGAAAACGCUCUUCUGCAAAAGUAAUGGCUUGUUCUGAGGAGCAAGGAGGUGUCCCCUGUGGCUUCGUCCGCCAGAAUUCUGGCCCCUCCAUGUCUUUGGACUUUGAGCCAGACGCAGAGUACCAGUUUGUGGAGCAGCUGGAAGAGCGCUACAGAUGUGCCUUCUGCCGCUCAGUGCUGCACAACCCCCACCAGACGGGCUGUGGGCACCGCUUCUGCCAGCGCUGCAUCCUGUCCCUGAGAGAAUUAAACGCAGUCCCACUCUGCCCUGUAGAUAAGGAGGUGAUCAAAUCUCAGGAGGUGUUUAAAGACAAUUGCUGCAAAAGAGAAGUCCUCAAUUUAUAUGUAUUUUGCAAAAAUGCUCCUGGAUGUAAUGCCAAGAUUAUUCUGGGACGAUACCAGGACCACCUUCAGCACUGCUUAUUCCAAGCUGUGCCAUGCUCUAAUGAGAACUGUCGGGAGCCAGUCCUUCGCAAAGAUCUGAAAGAGCAUUUGAGUGCAGACUGUCCGUUUCGAGAGGAAAAAUGCCUUUAUUGCAAAAAGGAUGUGGUAGUCAUCAAUCUACAGAAUCAUGAGGAAAACUUGUGUCCUGAGUACCCAGUAUCUUGUCCCAACAAGUGUUUGCAGAUUAUUCCAAGAACUGAGGUGGAUGAACACCUUGCUGUGUGUCCUGAAGCUGAACAAGACUGUCCUUUCAAGCACUAUGGCUGUACUGUAAAGGAUAAACGAGGAAACCUGCAGAAGCAUGAGCAUUCAGCCUUACGGGACCACAUGCUUCUGGUUUUAGAAAAGAACUUCCAGUUAGAAGAACAGAUUUCUGACUUAUAUAAGAGCCUAGAACAAAAAGAAAGUAAAAUCCAGCAGCUAGCAGAAACCGUAAAGAAAUUCGAAAAGGAGUUCAAGCAGUUUGCACAGUUGUUUGGCAAAAAUGGAACUUCCCUCUCAGAUAUACAGGUUCUUGCCAGUCACAUUGACAAGUCCGCCUGGCUAGAAGUUCAGGUGCGUCAGUUAUUACAAAUGGCUAACCAGCAACAAAGUAAAUUUGAUCUGAGGCCUUUGGUGGAAGCGAUUGAUACAGUGAAACAGAAAAUCACCCUGCUAGAAACCCAUGAUCAAAGAUUAGUUGUUUUGGAAGGGGAGACUAACAAACAUGAUGCCCACAUUAAUAUUCAUAAAGCACAGCUGAAUAAAAACGACGAGCGAUUUAAGCUGCUAGAAAGUGCCUGCUAUAACGGAAAGCUCAUCUGGAAGGUCACAGACUACAAGCUGAAGAAGAAGGAGGCGCUGGACGGACACACAGUAUCCAUCUUCAGCCAGCCCUUCUACACCAGCCGGUGUGGCUACAGGCUCUGCGCUAGAGCGUACCUGAAUGGGGAUGGGUCCGGGAAGGGGACGCACCUGUCGUUGUACUUUGUGGUGAUGCGAGGGGAGUUUGACUCACUGUUGCAGUGGCCAUUCAGGCAGAGGGUGACCCUGAUGCUUUUGGACCAAAGUGGCAAAAAGAACCACAUUAUGGAGACCUUCAAGGCUGACCCCAAUAGCAGCAGCUUUAAAAGACCCGAUGGGGAGAUGAACAUUGCCUCUGGCUGUCCACGCUUCGUGGCUCAUUCCACUUUGGAGAAUGCCAAGAACACCUACAUUAAAGAUGACACCCUGUUCUUGAAAGUGGCUGUGGAUUUAACUGACCUGGAGGAUCUCUAAUCACUGCUUCUGGGGUGAUAAAAGGACUCCUUGAAUCCAGAACCUUUGGUCAAUGUAGUGACUGAAUGUAGGCUCGACACACACUUGUAUUUGGCUCUUUGCCCUUAAUGUUUGAAGUCAUUUUGAGAUUUCUCAAGUGCUGUCUUCUUUUUACAUUUUAUUCUGUCCCAGUUUGAAACUGACAAUACUUAGAAUAUCUUCUCAUUAUUUAUAUUCUUAUAUCUCCUGAAAGAUGUUAAUUUUCUUAAAGGUAAGGUCUGGGGCAUACCUCUUUUACUGGUGCUUAGUGUGGGGUCUCAGGGUGGGCCCUCUAUAACAUUAAAUGUCAUUGAGGACACAGAAGUAGAAUUUCCAGUUGAAAAUGCUUUGGGAUUUUAUAUUUGACCUUUUGAUUCUAGACCUGACCGUAAGCCUGCAAAAACUAUCUUUUAGGGUAGGCUAUUCCAGUUAGGUAGAUGGGUAAUGUACUUCAAUCUGCCCAGUUUGGACCAGACUUUUUCUGGUUAUAUACUGUAUUUGUGGAAAUUACUACACCUUUAAUAUUUUCAUGAAGUUUACCGGUAGUCAGCAAGCACAGUUUUGCAAGGAUGCAUAAGAAGUGGUGAAUAGAGUAAGCAUUUUCAUUCUCCCUGUUGAAGUAAAGCAGAAAGCACGGCAUAGUUUAUAUAUAAGGAGAUACAGCCAUCCAGCUAAAGUUCAGAUUUUAUUAGGUUCAAGCAUGUGAAAAAACCGUUUUCAAACAAAAUGAUCAAAUAUUAUCAGUUUCGUAAGAUUCAACUUAAUAAAUAAUAUAUAUGUACAUGUACACAAAUAGUUUAAAGGUAUUUUGGUAAGAAUAGUAAAUUAAUAUGAGGAUGGGCAGAAUUUAGUAUAUGAUGGAGAAAAUGUCAAAAAUGGAUUAGAGGAAUUUAAAACCUAGGGAGAACACCAUUACAAUUUCCUAUGGGUGUUAGUACUCCCAUCCGAAACUGAUGGCUAAAAGCAGUAUCUCCUAUUCUUUUUGAGAGGAAUUUUGAAUUCAUAAAUUGAUAUGAAAUUGGGCACUUAGGUAAACUUGUGAUGUUUCUUGUCGAAGUCCUGAGUACUUUGUGAAGAACAGAAAUGAUCGUGUUCUUCUAAAUCUAUCUGUAUGGGUCUCAGAGUGUAAAUACAAGUCUACCUGAGUCCUUCUGACUCUUGAUAAGCCUGAGCUUAACAAGAAACUACCCAGUUUUCCUGAGCCCUAACUCUUGCUAUGCCACCGAGCAUGGCCGACACUCAGCUGGCUCCCUUGAGCGUGCAAGGGCAAGCUGCUCACUCGGGUGAUGACCACACACCUUAAAACUCUUGAUCAGUUGACCUCACAGAAGCUCAUGAUUUAUACCAGUGGUUUCUGGAAUAAAUGGAACUUUCUUCAUCUCUCCUGUGAAAUUUCCAAGAUACCAAAGACUCAUACUGCACAAAUCUUCCCAAAGGGUUAAAUUCAAAGACCUAGGUUCACAACAGAAAUCUGCUAAAGAACCGCCCUGAAUCUGCUGGUGAACUGGGGGACAGCUGACGGUCAGCACAUUCCCUCAGACAAACUCAGGAAGUGUUUCUCUAGACCCCAGAGCUGGACGCAGGUGGCGCUGUGUGCUUGUUUUCAAUGUUUCUCAUCAAGUCCAAAGUCAUCGUUGUGUUCCUGAGGAACAGAUCACACUGUUGUAACUAGUUUUAAGUCUUUGAUGUGAAAAACAGUUUAAAAAGUGAAUUUAUCAAAAUACUGAUUUUGUGUUUUAACCAACUUCUCUACAUAAAAAAUGUAAGUCACGGCAUGGUUUGCCUUAUGAGUUCAGAGUCCCUUCAUCA